CACGGACAGACGCAGAGAGAAGAAGGGGGCGCUUGUUUCCUCCCCCCUCUCCUCCUCUCCGUCCAGCUUUAAAACAGCUCUUUGAAGAGGAGGAGAGGGGGGCAGUCCGUCCUGUACUCCCAUCCAGCCCGGACUGGAAGGAGCGAGCCGACGUUAACCCAGAUCUCAGACACUACGCAGAGCCCAGGAGCUGACAGAGAGCAGGCAUGAACGACAUCAAGCUGGCCCUGCUGGGGAGCCCGGGGGCCGGGAAAUCAGCUGUCCUCGUGCGGUUCCUGACCAGACGCUUCAUCGGUGAAUAUGCUUCAAACGCCAACUCCCUGUACCAUAAGAGGCUGUCCAUCGAUGGCCGGCAGCUGAAUCUGGAAGUUUUCGACCCCUGCUCUCAGAGCUCGGAGGCCAGGUGCAUCCUGGAGGAGCCGGUGGAUUGGGCAGACGGCUUCGUGGUUGUGUACAACAUCAGCGACCGAACCUCCUUCAUCAACGCCAAGAACAUCCUGCGGCAGAUUCGGGAGGCGCGCAUGGACAACUGCAAAGGGGAGGUGGAGGUUCCCGUCUGUCUUGUGGGUAACAAACAGGAUCUGUGUCACGUCCGGCAGGUCCGUGAAGACGAGGGCCGCUGCCUGGCUCAGGAGAACCGCUGUCACUUUCAGGAGGUCUCGGCUGCCGAGAGCUACCAGGACAUCGCCAACCUCUUCACCCAGCUCAUCCGGCAGGUGAUGGACCACCUGAAGUACAGGGCCGACCGACGGCGCUACAGCGGCUCCAAGUCGAUGGCGAAGCUCAUCAACAACGUGUUCGGGAAGAGGAGGAAGUCAGUGUGAUAGGUGCAGAGAGGGACUGGGAUAUUAUGUGUGGACCUGUGAUAAGAGGUUACAAGCUGGGUCGGAAAACUGAUUUAGCACAGACACAAAAAAAAUCCAUGUCAGGAGAUGGAGGGGUUUGGAUGGCGUCUGUGGGUCUGAAUCUACUAUAUUUACAAACAAACUUAAGUUUUGUACAUCUAAUUUUGCCUUACAUAGGCUUCUUUACCUUUUCAAAGAAAUUUAAAAUUGUUUUGAAGAAAAGCAGGUUGUUGAAAAGGACAGAGGCUUACAAAUGAAGGGUGAGGAUGGGAAGAAGAGCUUGUGAGGGGAAAAACAGGAAGUAAAAAGCUGGAAAGUUACGUCAAAAUUGAGGGUCAUAAGGUUGGGAACCUUUCAAUGAAGGAAUUGUUCAAAAUAUUUUACUAUCAAAAUUACAAUUGAAGCCAGGGCCAAAAAGUGCCCACAGCCUGCAGUUCCUUGAGUGACCACUGGAGGCUGAGUCCAAAAGUGAGUCAACCCCCAUUCUGCCCCAUGCAAAAAUUACAAACUUUAAUUAAGAAAUAUACUUAUUUAUGGCCUUGUAAAAAGAAGUUAUUUUGGUCUGUACGGUAUGUUUUUUUACUUGUGAAAACUGAAAAAGGGUUGAAUUAUUAUUAUAAACUAUUUUAAUGCUAACAUGCAUUAUUAGCGGCGUGUUUGCUUGUGUGACUUUGAGCCACUGAACUUGGCCCCUUGUUUUGUACCUUUUGGCUAUUUUUCAUGCUAAUUUGUGCACACAUUUCCCUUUAUUGUGCUUUUUUAUUGUAUAAACAAGCCUUCCAAAAAGCCUGAAUUUUCUCAGUCAAUUUUUGGCCUUAUUCAGCAACAUGUUAGCACUAAAAUGUGGGUUGUUAGAUUUAUUUCAGAUUUUGAUUUUCCUGGCUGCACUGUACAAUGAUUAUUGAUGUUUUUUUUUUUUUUUUCUGCAGAGGCCCCAUAACUGAAUCAUGCCAUAAUCUUUAUGUUGCUCACUUUGUGAAAUUUGCAAAUGUUAUAUUGGUGUUAAAACAUUAUCCAAAGAAUCCCUAUAAUGCUGAUUGUACUGACAGCUACUUUAAAGGCGGUUAUUUUUGGCUACUUUGUUGCUGUUUUUUCCUCCAUAAAACCUGAUAACUAAUAAAGUUCCCAAAAUUAAAUCAAAUAAAUUAAUGUUUACUUUUUACAUCCAUGUACUGCCUUUAUAACUGUUUUUAUUAUCUUUGGCAUGCAGCCUCCAUGCCAGGUAGAUGAACAUGCCAGAUCCCGUUGCAUGGAUUUAUUUCACAUUCAUCUUGGCGAGCUCCCGUGCAAAGUGUCCAAAAAAUUCUCAGAAGGUGAUUGGUGGAACGUUCUGUGUGUCGCAUUCAUCAUGGGCCAAUCAGAGCAACAAGACAUAAUGAAGUAGUAAGCAUGCGCUGCUCCAGUUGUUCAUAGAACUCAUGCUGAGGCCAGGAGAAGUGCAAAAACAACUUCUCCAAGAAGAACUGCCGCUAUUCUACAACUACAUACAAGCUAAUCACUACAUUAGCAGCCAUUGUAUAUACCAACUCACCCCAUAACUGUGGGAAUAUGUGCCCAUUCAUUCUGUAGAGCAUUUAUGAGGUCAGGCACUGAUGUUGGACAAGAAAGUUUGGCUUGCAAUCUCCAUUCCCGUUCAUCCCAAAGAUACUUAAUGGAGUUGAGAUCAGGGAUCUGCAGGCCAGUCAAGUUCUUCCACACCAAACACAUCAAACCAUGUCUUUAUGGUCCCUGCUUGUGCAUUUGGUCACAGUCAUGUUGGAAUAGAAAAGGAGCUUCUACAAACUGUUGCUACAAAGUUGGAAGCAUAGCAUUGUCCAGAAUGUCUUGGUAUGCAGUCGCUGACGUGGUCUUCCUCUUUGUGGCUGAGUCGCUGUUGUUCCUAAACACUUCCACUUUCUAAUUAUAUUACUUACAUUUGUGAAACUUCCAGCAGGGAUAAAAAUUCUCAAAGUGUCUUACUGCAAAGGUGGCAUCCAUCACAGUAACAUGUUCGUAGUCACUGAGCUCUUUAGAAAGACCCAGGAUAACAAAUGUUUGCAGACUGCAUGGCUAGGUGUUUGAUUUUAUACAACUGUUGUGACAGGUUCGAUUAAAACACCAGAUUCAAUAAUUAACAGGUGUGGCCAAAUACUUCCAUCCAUCUCUUUUCUCCUUCGUUAUGCAGCCUGAAGAUAAAAUGUCAUAAAUGUACAUUUUAGCAUCGCUUUUAUUAACGUUACAUUAUAAGAUUUUUAUUGUAAUGCAAUGCUUUGGUAAUGUGAUCAUUUUUUAGUAUUAUUUUUGCAGUUUAAAGUUUCAGCGUGAUUAGAUAUGAUGUUAAACAUAGAAACACAUAAAGUCUUAGGCCGUGAUCUCAUUCAGAGCUGCACUGUUGUUCUUCUUAAACCCGGUUAUGUCACCAUGUACAGGAGGAAUGUACCGCACAUUGUGAAACAUAAUAUUCACUGUUUCGUAGCCGAAUGUGUCUUUUUUUUGUAAAUACUGUAAAAACACUGGCUGUUCCAGAGGAAA